CUGAGUUUUUUUUGCUUGAAAUUUGCUCCUUUUUUUCUUUCUGCUUCGGCUCUAAUGUUCCAUCGUAGAGGAGAAAAUGUUGCUAAAGUCCAAAGCAAAACUUAAAACUCUGUAGAUCUAGAGAUGUAGCUUGGAAGUUUAACUUGAAGAAAUGAACUAUAACUUAACAAUUUUACAAUUUACGUUGAUAAGAAUGUGGUAAAUGUUGGACUGUUAUAUUGUUUGAUACUUUACGUGACAAAACUUAGUUUAUCCUUGAAUAAUUUUAAAACAUGUUUAUGAAAAAUUUCUGGAAAUUGUUCGCUCAGACCAGGAAAGUUAAACAAGAUGAUUUGGUAUUUGAACUCAAGGACUUUUCUUCAAAUGUGUCAAUAAAUUCAAAUCAACUCAAAUCUUGUUUGAGUAAAAGCUGUUAAAUUCUAGUCAAUGGAAAAAUAAAGUUUUAUUUGACUUUUGCUACAACUAAACCACACAAACCAGAAGCUUUUCACUCAAACUAGAUCACAAAUUAAAUGAACGUUAUAUAAAACAGCCACCCUCAGGUUGAACCGUCUGUUCUGGACUCUAUUAGACCUGAUUGGGUCCAAUCAGGCGGUUCUGCUCCAGCUGCUGAAUCAACAGCCUGCAGGCCUCACUUUCCUCCUCUUCAUCAGGGAGGAAGGACCAUCAGAAGCAGGUCCAAGCAUGACGUUCCAGCUGAAAACCAGAGGCCGGUUCUGUGGCCUGCACUGCUCUGUGGGUCUGACCGACUGGGACAUGGACAAAGAGCUCAAACUGGCAACAACCACCGACCAAAACUGUAACGAAGACAAAGUGAAUGAUCAAUAUUUGGCCCAGAGACCCUCUGCAAGGGCCUGCAGAAGAAAAGAUGAGUUCAUUUGGUACGAUAAGACAUCAGACACAUUUGUGAAACCGAACCUGUGGCUGUUGGUGAAUCCCAACAUCGCCUGUCCGGUCCGGUAUGUGCAGGCGGACGCUGACCUCCAGCCUGAGCCGGGUCAUGCCGACCAGCUGCUCCAGCUGGAGCCCGGGGACGUGGAGGGCCCGUCCGCAUCCGAUCCGCAAACCUGCCCCCAUCAGGAGGAGCUGAUGCUUUCUGCUUCCUCCACAGAGAAACACACGAUACAAGAAGAUUCCAGCAAACCAGUCCGGACCAGACGGAAGGGGAAGAUCACAAAAGUCGUGGACCUGAAGUCCCUGAAGCCGGGCUGCUGGCCUCGUCCGCCGGUGAAUUACUGCGUCCUGGUUGCUCUGGCACUGAAGAGCAGCCAGACGGGGAGCCUCAAGGUCCAGCAGAUUUACAACUUCACCAGAGAGCACUUCCCCUUCUUUCAGACGGCUCCGGACGGCUGGAAGAACACGAUCCGCCACAACCUGUGCUUCAGCAGCAGCUUCCGUAAAACCUGCAACCAGCUCUGCAAAGAGGGGAAGAGGAAGUCGUGCUUCUGGCACCUGACGCUGGACGGCCACCGCCGGCUGCAGGACGAGCUCCACACCAUGACCGGCGAAACCCUAAAGAUGCUGGAGAGGAGCAUGUCCAACCCAGCCGGCCUGGCAGAACUCAUUUGUGAGAUAAAAGCUUAAAGUAAAUGCUUUUCUUUUUGCAUUUCAGAUGUAAUAUGGAGUUUAUUUAAAAUGUGAUUCCUACAGGUUUCAAUGCACUUAAAAUGAUGCAUAAUAAAAUAUGCAUAUCAUUCA